AUGGACAUCAGAGGCUGCACCUGGCUGCUGCUGCUGUCGCUCUUGCAGGGACAGAGCCACCAGGCUCUACGGCGAUCUAAGAGAAGAUGGGUUCUCACCACCUUGGAACUGGAAGAGGAAGACCCAGGGCCCUUUCCCAAACUUGUUGGGGAGCUGUUCAAUAAUAUGUCAAAUAAUGUGUCACUGAUAUACUUAAUCAGAGGACCUGGUGUGGAUGAAUUUCCAGAGAUCGGUUUAUUCUCUAUAGAAGAUCAACAAAAUGGAAAAAUAUAUGUUCACCGCUCUGUCGAUCGAGAAGUAACGCCAUCUUUUAUGGUUUACUUUGAUGCUGUGGAUCGGUCCACGGGGAGAGUUGUGGAUGAAUCCCUGAUUUUCAACAUUAGAAUUAGAGAUGUGAAUGAUCAUGCACCCCAGUUUCCCGAGAAGGAAUUUAACAUCAGUGUGAAAGAGAACCAAGCUGCAGGUCAAUCUGUCUUUCAGUUGUUAACAGUCGAUUUGGAUCAAGGAAACACUCCAAAUUCUCAAGUCCUUUAUUUCCUCGUUUCUCAAACACCAUUACUGAGAGAAAGUGGCUUUCGGAUUGAUCUCAUCAGUGGGGAAGUACGACUCUCAGGAUGCUUAAAUUAUGAGACUGCUCCUUGGUUUACUCUGAUAAUCAGAGCGACGGAUUGUGGAGAGCCAUCCCUGUCAUCCACAACCACCAUUCAUGUCAGUGUGGAAGAUGGCAACAAUCACAUGCCUACGUUUACGGAAGACCAUUAUAACAUUCAAAUUUCUGAAAAUCAAGUCGAGUGGGGCAUGUUGUAUCUCCCUGUUCAAGACAGAGAUUCACCAUUUACGCCAGCUUGGAGAACACAAUUCAACAUACUGGAUGGCAAUGAGGAGGAACAUUUUGACAUCAUGACUGACCCUGAAACCAACCAAGGGGUAUUAAAUGUUAUCAAGCCUCUGGAUUAUGAAACUCAAGCAGCACACAGCCUCAUCAUUAUUGUAGAGAAUCAGGAACAGCUCUUCUCUUGUGAGGAGGGCCAAUUGCAGCCAUCAACAAAGGUGGUGGCCAGCACCACUGUGAGCGUGAAGGUGGUGGAUGCCAAUGACCCACCAGCCUUUCACCCCAGGACCUUCAUCAUCAGUGAGGAGGAUGGAGCCAGGCCUGGCAUCCAGCUGGGAUAUUUCAAUGCUACAGACCCAGACAGGAUCACCAGCCAGAUAAGAUACAAACUGGUUCAUGAUCCAGCAAAUUGGGUGACUGUGGAUGAAAAAUCAGGAGUGGUCACCACCAAGAGGCAAAUAGACCGGGAGUCCCCUCAUGUGAAUGACAGCUUUUACACAAUCAUUGUCCAUGCAGUUGACAAUGGCCUCCCUCAGCUGACUGGCACAGGGACCCUGAUGCUUUUCCUGUCUGACGUCAAUGACAAUGCUCCAACUCUCCAGUCCCAUUCUCAACACUUGGAGAUGUGUGAGUCUGCAGGGAACAAGCCCUUGCUCUUGGAGGCCGAGGAUGCAGACCUGGACCCCUACUCUGACCCCUUUACUUUUGAUUUGGACUCGGCCCAGAGAGAUGUAUAUGAUACUUGGAUGCUGAGGACAAAGCAUGGUGAAGGGCGCUCUGCUGAACUUAUAAUGCUGAGAAGCCUCCCUCCCGGGGAUUACUUGGUGCCACUAUUCAUAGGAGACAGACAGGGCCUCACUCAGAAACAGACAGUCCACGUGAGGAUCUGCUCCUGUCCCAGCGGAUCUAAGUGCGAGAAUCGCUCAGACACGGGCCUCCUGUGGUGGGCCCUGUCCCCUAUGUGUGUGGCAGUCCUGGCACUGGCAGCUGCUCUGCUUUUCCUGCUGAGGUGCCACUUUGCAUUUGGACCCAAGAGGCUCGGAGGCUUCAUCCCAAGUGACAAUGGCCACCAGACACUGAUUGUGUACAACGAGGAAAGCAAAGCCCUUUCCGCCCAGGGUCAUAACAUGUUCUUUGAGCCAAGAGGCAUGAGAAACCGAUCUUCCACACCGGUCUGUCUGGAUCGCUUGGUGCCCAGAUGCCCCCAGAAACUGCUGGAAGGAAGGGUGAUGGAGACGUGGAGUCAGAAGCUCCACACUGUUGAUAUGCUGGAGGGUGACACUGGCUACCUGCCUCAUGUCUACAGAGAGGAGGGAGAGUGUGAAGGAGCUGAGACCCUCAGCUCUCUGACCUUCUUGGAGCAGGACCUCUCUCCUGAGCUGCUGGAUUACUUGAGUUCAAAAUCUACUCCAUCUGAAGCAAUGUGCUCUGCAUCAAGAGUUCCUUUAUAA